GCCCCCCGCAGCGCCUCUCCCGCCUCUCCGCCGCGGGAGCUGCAUCGCCCACUCUGCUCGCUGUGAAGCCGCCAGUCCCGGAGCACCGAGCCUGGGACGCGACACGCCGAGCCUCUGGUCACCUCCAGCCGGGGCGACCCUUCCCGGGUCCACCCUCGCCGUCGCGGCCGCCGGAGCCCCCGUUCCCGAGCGCCCGGCGCCUCUGCGCCCUCAGCCCGGCUCCUGCACUCCCGCAGCCGCCGCCCCCCGCCCGGAACAUGGACUCCGACUCCUGCGCCGCCGCCUUCCACCCUGAGGAGUACUCUCCCGGUUACAAGAGGCGGAGGACUGUGGAGGAUUUCAACAAAUUCUGCACCUUCGUCUUGGCUUAUGCUGGCUAUAUCCCAUAUCCGAAGGAGGAGCUCCCUCUGAGGAGCAGCCCCAGCCCCGCCAAUAGUACUGCUGGCACCGUGGACAGCGACGGUUGGGACGCCGGCUUCUCCGACAUUGCGUCUUCAGUGCCCUUGCCAGUGUCCGACCACUGCUUUGGCCACCUGCAGCCCACCCUCCUGCAGAGAGCCAAGCCAAGCAACUUCCUGCUGGACAGAAAGAAAACGGACAAGCUGAAGAAGAAGAAGAGGAGGAAGCGAAGGGAUAGUGAAGUGCCUGCAAAGGAGGGGUACAGGGGGGGCUUGCUGAAGCUGGAAGCUGCCGAUCCCUAUGUGGAAGCCCCUACAAGCCCCGCCCUGCAGGAGAUUCCUCAGGCCCCCGGUGACCCCUGCUCGGGUUGGGACUCUGACACCCCCUCCAGUGGCUCUUGUGCCACGGUGUCACCCGAUCAGGCCAAAGAAAUAAAAACUGAAGGCAAGCGGACUAUUGUCCGGCAGGGAAAGCAAGUGGUAUUCCGCGACGAGGACAGCACUGGCAAUGACGAGGACAUCAUGGUGGAUUCAGAUGAUGAUUCCUGGGAUCUGGUGACCUGCUUUUGCAUGAAGCCGUUUGCGGGCCGCCCCAUGAUAGAGUGUAAUGAGUGCCACACCUGGAUUCACCUGUCCUGCGCGAAAAUCCGCAAGUCCAACGUUCCAGAGGUGUUUGUCUGCCAAAAGUGCCGGGACUCCAAGUUCGACAUCCGCCGAUCCAACCGUUCCCGAAUGGGCUCCCGGAAGCUGUUUCUGGAUUGACUGUGGGCUGGUGAGGAGGUUCCAGGAGAGGGACUGGAAGAGAUGGGCUCUGUGGCCCUUCUUGGUUGAUUACAGAACUCCCAGCUCUGGUGCAGACAGAUCCUGCCAUUCAGGUGCCUAAGCAAAAGGACAGGCUGUCUGGAGGUAGAAACAACUUAGCCAUCGCCCGAACAGAACCUUAGCUGGCCAAGCUGCUGCCAGAGUUGUGUGCGUGGCAGUGGAGGUUUGGUUUCACUUGCCUGAGAGUGAGGGCGCGUGGACCUCUCCGAGUUUAGCUGUAGCUGGUGUUAACUUGCCGCCCUGUGGGACCUGUGAGUGGUGACUGGUUAUCCUGCCUCUGUCUGGUGGGGAGAGAUGGUCACUUUCCCUCCCUGACAAUGAACAGCCAUAUGUGUUUCUUCUCCAGUGUCCGUUUACCAUUAGUGUCCAAGUUGCCCCUUCCUUCCCAGUCCCCACUCCCUCCCCUACCUGGCUGCUCCUGUGGCCGGGGAAGCCCCAGGGUGCUGGGUUGCUCGGUGAUUCUUUGGCUUCCCGUUGUUUAAAGGGACAGUUUGUGGCCACCUCUGGAAAGGGGGUUGAGGAGGCCUGUGUUUGACUCCUGUUUUGCACGAUGUUAAAAAACCUGUUGUUUUGCACGAUGCAGCCGAAGUAUUGGCCGUAUCUCUCUCCGUGGGUCCUCUUCUCUCGUGGUGGUGGACAGGCCUGGGGGGUCCUGGAAGGACAAGCUGUUCUCCAGUACCCCCUUGUUCUCUGUUGCAGCCGUGACCCACAGACUAGACAUGAGUGCUGUUCCUAUAGUAAAGUAAUGGGUGAGAACCACUGCGAGGAGCUGCGGUGGUCAUUACUGUGUUGAUUGCAAGAUGAGUCCUGGCUGCAGGCUGGCCUGCGACUCCACGGGGCAAGGUUGGGACUUCAUCCCCCUUCUGGUUUGAAUUCGUGAGUAGGUAGUAAUGCCAACACUGGCCUCAGGAACGUGUUGAACCAUGCACAGGUCUGCACUGGGGUCCUGGCCUGGAAUCCCCCCCCCCGCCCCUUUGAGGUGUAGGUCUGGAGAAACUAAGGAGUUUGCACCUGACAUCUGCCCCCUUCCCGCCCCCCGGAACUCUGCCCUCAGUACACUGGUGCUUUUGGGGCUUGAGGAGGGCUCUGCGCUAGACGUUGUCAUUGCUCUUCAGUUCAAGUACUUGUUCUCAACUGUUUGUAAGAGAAGGGUGGGUGUGUUCUAAGCCUUGUUUCUUGUCAGGCAUGGAAAGGGAAGAAUGCCCACGCUGGUCAUAUUUAUUUGCUCUAACUUAUUUGCCGUAGGAUGGGCCCAGGUGUCCCUGCUGGGACCUUAGCAGGCCACCAGCCCACCUCCGGGCUCGCACCCAAACACCAGGGCGCUGAUCUGGCUAAGGGCAGCCAUGUUUUGUCCUAAUUUCUCUCUCGCUUGUCCAGUCAGCUAGCUGUCUUAGCUUUCAAAACUCUCGUUGCUUAUUAAAGUAGAAAUAGUUUCCGAAGCUCGAGUUUGUUGUGAAGAUCCCAAGGGAGAAUUCUGUAGAGAAAAAUAGCUGUUUUAGAAACAAUGUGGGGCCCAAGCUGUUGUCGGUGACUGGGCACAGUCACCCAGGACAAGCUGGGGGAAGAAUUUGCCAAAGCCCUGCCCCGUGACAAUGCCUGUCCAGUGUCUUCACCAUGAGAAUAACCAAAGUUCCAAAGUGUUUCUUUUCUUUUUUAAUAGCUCUGUGGGGUUUUAAAAGUGCAUUUACGAAUCCACGGGGUUUAGAGCAGAGCGGCCAGCGCUGGUGCUCGGCGGCUGGCAGUUGGACGCCACGCGCGUCCUGCGAAUCUCCUCUCCACUUCUGUUCCUUGCUUUUGCUUUUUUUGGUUUAACAGGUCUACCCCUGUGGGCAUGUCUGGCAGACACCUGGGCUUGGGGGUAGACUGAGCUGGGCAGCUGUCAUCAGCUUCUUUAUGCAUAAAGUAGGCAUGACCCAUCUAGGGCUCCUGGUGGGUGGUGAGUGAAGCGGGGAGAGGGAAAGGACCCCCACAGUAGGCCUCUCCCACGGGCUCUGACCAGGCCAGUCACUGACCAUCGUUUACAUGGUUCUGUGUAAUUAAAGUUUAUGUGUAUAAAGCAAGCUGUUUCUGUGAAACUGUAUAUUUUGUAAAUAAAGAUAUUACUACUUUG